UGAUGUGUCAUAGUAUAUUAGGUUUUUCUUCUCCCCAAUUCAAUUUCACGUUCUCCUUCUCCCCAUUGCUGCAUCUUCUCUCUUCUCCUUCUCCUUCGUGUUCAUCAUUUCUGCAUCUUAUCUCUUCUCCUUCUCCUUCGUGUUCAUCACUUUUGCAUCUUCUCCAUUGUGUUAAUCACCAACGAUGAAGGAAAAACAUUGUUCUGAGUUCUUCAAAGAGACCAAAUCAGAAAACAACGAUUAUUGUGUUAUUAGUAGGGCUCGUGCUUCUCCAAUUUGUUACUGUGGUGAUGCUGCUGUGAUUCGUAGGGCAAACACGGACAAGAAUUUCGGAAAGAAAUUUUGGGGAUGUAUCAAUUACAAGGGGUCUGAGCAAAGAGGUUGUGGUUUUUUCAAGUGGUUCAAUGAGGAAGUGGUGGAAGACAAAUGUGAAGAUUUGAUGCAUAAGUUUGAAAUCUUAUCCAAGGAAUUUGAAAAAUUGAAGAGCAGAAAUGAGGAUUUAGGGAAUGCUGUGACUGAAAUUCAAGGCAAAUUGAAGAAGUUUCAAAAGUGGAAGUUUAUAUGCUUUGUAAUAUUAUGUUUCUGGUUUUAUAGGAUGUUUUAGUAUUGGCAAUUAGAUUAGG